CCGGGGUUUCCCCCAGAAGCUCAACGAUAUGCUCCCAUACUUGGGCACUGGCUUCGUGGCCUGGCCAUCCUUUUGGAUGUGGCGCGGCUACCAGUGGCAGCAGAAAAGGAAUACGGAACGGAUCGUUUUCUAUAUACAAAGGACCUAUCAACAGGCGAAACUCCUCCAGGUGGCCAUCCUGGCCACAGGUCUCAUGAUGUCCUUCACUGGGCACCAUUCCGGGAACAUACUGAAGGUCCACGAUGUCGACUAUAAGAACAAACAAAACCAGGAUACCGCAAAAUCGGACUAGAUCCGCAAACAUCCAAAAAUUGUACAACCCAAAGAUAAAAAUCAUGGGGCUCUGGAGCUAUCUUGGGAGAGUGAACCAAAUCUGGCGGCCCGUGGCGCCCCCAGCACCUGAAACCCCAGAGGCUACACCCAAUUUGGGCGAGAAAAUACGAGAGGUGGUGAAUGACAAGGCCUUCGAGAAUGCAUACGAUUCGGCUGCCCCCUUUGUGAUGGCCAGUCUGGGCUCCUGGCCGGGCUAUUGGCUCUACAGGGGACUCGACUAUCACACGCACAGGGCGCACAUUCCCCUACGCAUCUACAUAAACCAGACCUUUUAUCAGGCCAAGAUACUGCAAUUCGUCAUCAUUCUGGCUGGCACCUUUACUGUGAUCACCAACCAGCGUAGAGCUCGCUAGAAGAUGGGGCAAGCAUGGCAGCUCCCAAGGGAUACCACAGAAGCCCCAGAACGGCUAGAGAGGCUUUGGCAUAGAACUUCCAUAAAAACACAAUCCAAUAAGAAAUCUGACAGAAAAUAAAUAAAUUUUAAGUGAAUUUAAUCAGA